UUUUUUUUUUUUUUUUUUUUUUUUCUUCUUCUUCGACAACGAAUACAAUUCUAUAACGCUAAAAAUUUUACGACUACCUAAUAUAUGACGAUACUCAUUCACUUCACCAAACAGAAAUAUUUAAAUUGCUAUUCUUCAAUACAAUGCUCAUUUUGUUUACAAAACAUUUCAGUAUUUUAUAUGAUCUCAUUCAAUUCAAUGCGAACUGGAUUUCUUUUUUAAUUUCCCUUCAUGGUUGGUUUCGACAAUGAUCUAUUCUCUUGCCUUACUAGAACAUAUUAGAGGACAUCCAUGUAAUCAAAACAAUGUCCAGGAAAUUAUUUUCGCUUAUGCUCAAUAUUCCAUAUAUGAAUACAUGAUGAAUAUAAUUAGAUUAGUACCUACUCUAGCUGCGAUAAGCAGAAGGUCCAGUUAAAAACUAUUGCAAAAAUAUUAACAAUGUCCUUAAUGUGAACUUCCACAAUUAACCAACAUCAACGAACUGGGUUAAAUACGCAGAACCCCCCUUUUUUAGGGACUUUUUGUAUUAUUUUUUAUUUAAAAUUAGGUUUUCAGAUUGUUUUUUGCAUUGGAGUUGCAGACAAUUUUUAUGAACCACUCUUAAUUAUCCCCAUACAAAUUUAGGUCUGCUUUCUCAACAGAAAACGAUUUUGGAAUUCAAAGCAUCUCAAUUAAGUAGUAAAUAUCUUCAUCCUAGUUCUUUUGUGCGUCUAUGUUUGAUUCUACAACCCUGUAAUUUCUUAAUAACCUUUUCAUUACCGAAUAUACUUUCGCAGAAUAUCCCAAUGUUUUAGGAUUUUCAGCUAUCAUUUUUUUAUAUUUAUUACUAAAAGAAAUAUCUUUGAAAACUUGGUUUGGCAUUUUGUAUAUACAUACUUCUCUACAGUGAUUACUAUAAUAAGGCUGUCUUUCUUAUCCUUUGGAUUUUAUAUAUGCUUCUGACUUCAAAGAUAUAUUAUUAAUUAUGAACAAUUACCCAAUGAACGAUUCCUUCAAAAGGUCAGACUCACCGGAAGAGUACUUUGAAAGCCAGGAUGUUUCCAAUCCUGAUGGACUUUUUCAACCAGAACUACUACCUCUAUUUCAAGACACCUUUGAGUCCGAAUUACCUCCUUCCGCUUUUCCUUCACAACGCGAUUCGGUGCAUCAUCUAACCUCCAAAGUACCUAUGUCGCCGAAAGCACAUUCAAGCAACUAUGCUACCUCCCAAGGAAUACCAUCAGCAGAUCUAAGUGUUCCUUUUUUUAGCUUUACGAAAUCAAAUACUGAUGCUUUUUUGGAAGGUUCCAGCUCAGAUCCUUAUAUGUCUAACUCUGAAGUACAUUCUUCCCCGUUUUCUCAAUUUCGGACGACAAAUACUAUUGGGCCCGCCGGUAAUGCGGACUCUUCACGAUCUCCUGAGCUUUUAGCUCCUCUCCCUUCCAGAUCAUCUCGCGGUAACAUCUAUGAAUUCAAUACUAGUUUGCCAAUUGGGGAGAUUGAUUCGUCUCAGUUUCUUUCCGUCCAGAGCAAUCGGAGCGAUUACUCUGGUUCUCCAAUAUCUUCACCUCGCUCAACUUCUCCCUUUUACACUCCAGUAUCUUCAUUUUCAGUUCCCAGCUCACCUUAUUUACGUUCCCCAAAUGCACUCUUUGAUAAAGAGGAUAACCUGAAUUACGUUGACGUUAUUUCUCAGGCCUCUGCUAUUGAGGACGAUCUUGAAUUACCAGAACAACAAGACUUUUCUAAUUUUGAUAUUUAUGAAAAUGAAUACGUUACUGAGAAUUUAAAUAUUCCUUCUGCGGAAGAUAUGCAAUCCGGUGCAUCAUCUGCCUUUUUGAGCAACACAGCCGGUGUAGGAUUUGCUCCAGCAGAACCUCACAGGGAAGCUGUUGGUCAAACCAUCUCUCAGCCCUCUGAUGUAUUAUCAAAUCUUUCAACACCGUCAUUUGUUCAUGAAAACACAUCUGUAGAGCCUUCAAAUUACUCUCCUGCUGAAGAAGAAUCGACAAAAAAAUAUCAAGCCGGGCUUGAUCGAAAUUCAACAGCCAACGAUUUAGCAUCGUUUCCUGUCAUUCCUGCUAUAGUUCAACCUACUGAUUUCGAGCAUUCUGAAAAUAUUGAUGAUCCUCAUAAUAUUUCUAUAUCUAAUUUAGGAUUUCCUCAAGAAAGUCGUUCUUUUUCCGAAGAAAAAACCUCAGUAAAAAGAGAGUUUGAAGAAGAGCCUUCGUUUUUAGCACCCAGAAUAAAUGUCGUCCCGUCAUCUCCGGCAAAAUCCGUUGAGGAUUUCGGUUUAGAUCAUAAUUCUUUUUUGGCACAUCGUGAAAAAUUGAACGGUGCUCAGAAUUACCCUUCCGUCCUCAGUGCUGGUACUAGUCCCACUUCGCCGCCCGGUAUGCUUUCAGGGGACGUAAGACGAUGUCGUUCCAACAGUGCAGGUCCACGGCUAGAUGUUUACAAUAUGGAUUCACAGUUACCAAAAAAAGAUGCAAAGGAUUCCAUUGCUUACGAAGGUUAUCAAGCCAAAAAUUAUGAUAUUAAUGAUGGUAAUUCCACUAAUCAAAUGGAACAUUUAUCUAUCAAUACAACACGCCCUCGGAGCCGUUCAUUAAACAUCACUGGUUCUGAAAACUCAGUAGUCAAGGAUUCGAUAGGAAAAAAGAAUUUUACAAAAUCUGAAAGCAAUUUUGUUUGUUCUUUUCCUAAUUGCGGAAAAAGGUUUACCCGUGCUUACAACCUGAAAAGUCAUAUGAACACACAUACAAAUUAUCGUCCUUUCCAGUGUUCCAUUUGCGGUAAAUCAUUUGCCAGACAGCACGAUAAGCGGCGGCAUGAACAACUACAUAGUGGUAUAAAGGCUUUCGGUUGUCCUACUUGUCACCAGCGAUUUGCUAGAAUGGAUGCCUUAAAUCGACACUAUAAAAGUGAAAUUGGUCAAAAGUGUUUAAGGAUUGCUGCAGACAGAGGUAUCAAUGUUCCUCCUGCUCGAAGAAAUAGCACUCAAAAAAUGGAUCAAGCUCUAGAUAAAGAGUAAAACAAUAUUUGGAAGAAAAUGAUUUGCUUGCUACGUUCUCUUUAUUUCAACAUAGAAUUUUUCUGAAUAUGCUUUAUGCAUGUGUUCUUUUACUGUAACUUUAUUUGAAAGACGUUUGUUCUACACCUUUUUGUUUUUGUUCAUGUUCUUGUUUCUCCUAUUUUUCUAUUUUCCUUCUCUUCUCUUCUCUUUUCAUUUGUUUUCUUCUUUUUUUAUUUUUUAUCCCCUCUUAUGUUUGUUUGUGCAGCUAGUUUUCUAUUUGAAAGUAGUCAUGUUGUUUCAGCAUUUGACUCUUAUGCUGCCAAAGAUUAUACGUCGCUCGAACUAAAUUUAAUAUGAUGGUGCAUUUUACUUCGAUUAAAUAGUAAAGCUUGUAAACGAAAUUGGAUUUCCUCUAAUUUCAAGCUGUCUACUAAAUACAAAUUAUUUUAGUAAUCCUUGAAAAGAAAAUAGUUAAU